CCUCUGGCAACCGUUCUUAAAGAGUGCUCUGUAACCAUCAGAACAAAUACUGCCAUACAGAAAGAGAAUGAGUGCAGUUAUAAGAUCAGGACGUGUUCGAGGGGACAGGACACUCAAUGUGGCGAAUGUGAUGCUGGUUCCUACACCGAGGUCUGGAAUUUCAUCAGUGGCUGUCACUCCUGUCGAGGGCCAUGUAAAGCAGAAUUCGGGCUGAUUCAGCUCCAGAACUGUACAAAGCAGACGAAGAGAAAGUGUGUAUGCAGGCCGGGAACCUACUGCAAGAUGGGCAUGGAUGAGAGUGACACAACUUGCAGCAACUGUGUACCUCACAGUCCCUGCCCACCCGGACAAGGGGUCAAGAUGCCAGGUAAUUAUAGCGCUAACACUGUUUGCGCCGUCUGCACAGAGGGAACAUUCUCCAACGUCACAUCAGAUACACAGAGGUGUCAGCCACACACCGACUGUUCGGCUCGGGGAGGAUUCACUGCCAAACAUGGCAACUCGACUACAGACACCGAGUGCCAAACCCGUCUGAAUGGUCCGCUGGGCAGGUCUGGAGAAAGUGACACGGGCCCCACCUCCAUCCCUCUGCUCAUCCUCUGCGCCCUCCUGUUCCUCAGCGUAGUCACCAUCAGCCUCUGCCUCCUGCGGGGACUGGGAAAGCAGGGGCCGCUGCAUCUCAGCUGCUUCAAGAAGGUGUUCAAAAGCUGCAUCUCGGACCCAGAGGCUCAGACAACUGAGGGAAGCUGUCCUGAUUCUCUCCGGGCGGAGCAGCUCCUGUCCACAUCGGAGAGUCCGGAGCGGCAGGCUGUGCCGGCUAACUUCCCCUCACAACCUCUGGAGUCGGAGAUCCUACAGGAACGCGUCUGCGACCAGGAUACAGCUUCCAGCGUGAGCUCUGUGCAGCCGGGGCACAGUCCGAGUCGGAACAGGGAAGAGGGUCCAGGUCCAAGCAGCCAGACAGCAGGAAUACCAGAAAAAGACGCGGACAAAUCAACGGGAAUAAUCGGUCCGGUCUUCAUCUACAACCCAUCCCGAGUGUAUGUGGGGGUGAUCAGCAACCGAUGGGCAUCGCAACGCAGCCUGCCAGCCUCGGAGGACACUGGGUCCAGUGAAGGGAGUCUCCGCUAUCCGCAGGAGGAACAGGGUACAGCGGAGAGGGAGAGCGGGACCCUCCCCGAGCAGGAAUGUGGGAAGGAGAGCCACCUUCCCGAGUCUGUAGCCAAGGAAGCCUAGGCUCCCAGCUCACCACCUCCCUACCCACCCCCCACGUACCCACAAACCCUUCCCCCCCCCACCCCACCCCUCCCACCCCCACCGAGGGCAAUUGGAGCCAGGCAGAAGCACUUUCCAGUCUUCAUUGACGGGCUCUGCACAUCCUGAGUGUUCCCUCGGCACUGAUCCUCCGACAGUGCGGCUCUCCCUCAGUACUGACCCUCCGACAGUGCGGCUCUCCCUCAGUACUGACCCUCCGACAGUGCGGCUCUCCCUCAGUACUGACCCUC